UCUACCAGUCUACGUCACACUGUUUCUGAUGCCAGUUUGGAAUUUCGUGCCCAAGGUUUGCUGGAAGGUACUACUGGUGGUGGUACCGUUGCGGGCACUUCAGGUACACGAUGGGUCGAAUUAGACGCCGCAAACAAUGGAGCCCAACCAUCGGAUCAUCCACUUUUGGACGACGAAAUCAAAGCGGAAAUUCAUGCUCGUCUACGCCGUGAAAUGGCCCGUCCUCAGUAUAAAAAAGAUCUCUUCUAUACUGGUUCUGUAAUCCAGUUGAGCUCAAAUCAAUUGGCUACCGACAACGCAGCUUCUGUGAUGGGAAAUACACAUAACAGUCAGACGAAUAUCAGUGUGGCUACUGCAACCGGCAAUGUGGCGAGUUCGUUCAUUCCACCUGCCCCAUGCCCACCCGUCCAGCCUCAGACUCACAAGACCCUAAUUCACCUAUUUUCGGCCAAUAGUCCUGCAUCCAUAUUUAGCGGUCCCAAUGUUCCGUUCCCGAGCAUUAGACACUAA